AUGAACUUAAAAAAUUCGUGUCAGCUUCUUCUUGAUACCGUUUAUAGUUCUGCAAGAUAUCAAUUUGUAGGUGGAGAAUCUAGUGGUAAUGUUAGCAAUUUUGUGAUGGAAUACGAUGUUGAUGCUGAGCUGGACUAUGAUGAAGAAAAUGGUUAUAAUGAAGCGAUAGAAAUGCCGGUUCGACCUCAAUCUAAAGCUUCGAUCGAUAAAAGUGUAAAGUUAGACCGGAGUGGGCGAAAGGGUACAGAAAGAGACAUGCAAGAGCAUAAUGAUACCGGUGUUGAAAAUGAUCAUGUGGAAAAUGGAAGCAGUAAUUUUGAAGUUAGUAAGCAAGAUGACGUUGAUCAUGAAUUAAGUGAAGAUGGUGAAAUAGAUGAUCUAGAAGAAGGUGAACUAAAAUCAGAUGAAGAUAAUACUUGUUCUAUAUUUUCGAACGAAAUUUCAUCUCGAAGAGAGGAAGAUUAUGGCUCUAAAAAGCAAGUGGAAUAUUUGCAACGUGGGGAUUCGACACCAGUCGGUAUUUGCAAAUUUUUCCUUCGUGGAGCUUGCACAUGGGGAGAAGACUGUAAAUAUUUACAUAUCAAAAAGCCACGCUGUAAUGGUUCAGCAGCAGUUGAAAGCAACUCCAGCGAAAGCAACAGUUUGCAUCAUUCAGAUACUGAUAAAAUACACAAUAAAGUCAGAGGAAUAAACAAACCAUUCAAUGAUUCUCACACAAUUUACCCAUCGAGUUCUACAUCAAACGAGAACGAAUCACAUAAUAAUGAAACGGCUUGGGAGAGAGGAUUGCGCCAGGCACGUGAAUUAAUGAUUAGAGCAACAAGAAAACGAGAAGAAGAACCAGAUUUCGAUCGGAAGAGACUUGUACUUACUCCUAACGAAGAUAUGGAUAGACCACGAACAACAGAUGAAGAAUCAGACGAUUCUCAUGGAUAUCAUAAAAUCUCUCUUUUCAAAAGCCGAAGCCAACGAGUACCGCAUUCGCCUCUAUCACGAGAUGGUAUAAGGAGAACUAAUGGCUUCUUGAUGCGAACGCGUAUUGAUUCUUCUUUUCCCAGAUUCAGAAAUUACAGUAAUUCAGUUCGAUCGGGUCAAGUAAAUGAUAAUUGUCAUGUUGAAAUAGAUCGUCAGAGUGUUUAUGAAAAAAAUGAAUUGGAUAAGCCGCGAAAAAUCCCAUCUUUAAUAGAUUCAAUGUUUGGAAGAGGACGUUCGGAACAUUUAAAAAGAUGUGAUUACGGACGGGAUGGACCUGCUCGGCUACCUCCCAAAGAUCUUGGUCCACAAGUGCUAUAUCCCAACGGAAGGCCAACACCUAGACGCUAUGGAACCCUCAGACGUGAAAUGUCCCCGAGCAGUCGUUAUCAUGUCCAACGUCGUGAAUUCUCGGCUCAUGGAUCUCGUUCCCCACUAUCAUCACGGGAUUCGAGGUCGUCAAGUGUAGGUCAGUCCGUAUCACCACAUACUAAAAGGCGCACAUCAUCGUUUUCUCCAGAUAGUAGACACGUUGUUAGAAAACGAAAUAACAUCACCUCUGUUGGUGGUCUUCUUUCUGGUAAUCAGAUACGUGAUCCAUGGGAAAGAGCUCAUAAGAAAGGACGAAGCAAGGAUCGAGAACUAAAAUCUAUCACACUUGGAGCAGAGUUACAAAAAGCUCGUAGAACCAGUGAUGAUAAAAAACGAUCUCGUCGUCAGGACAUCUUUAGCUCAACAAGCAGUAUUUCAAGGAGCCCAAGUGUUAUUUCAUCAGCUACAUCACGUUCUCGAUCACCAUCACGAACUUCCUCGGUAAGUUAUCAUAAGCGUACUGCACAUCUCUCGCUGGCAUCGUCGGUUGCUUCCAAAAACUUAAUCGAUGAUGAUGGUUCUUUAAGAACAACAGAUCUUUCGUCGUUUAGAAUUCCAAAAAAGAAAAGAUUUUCUCCAUCGUCAUCACACCAUCGCUCAAGUACGGCAUCAACUAAGGGUUAUAGAAAUCUCAAUGAAAGAUCGGUUGGUCGGAAUAGUCGGCCUGUACCGUCAGUAAUUCAAAAAAGACUCUUCGUAUCUCCCUUACAUCGCUUCGGAACUACUCAUCGUGGAAUGAAAGACGUAGAGUUUAUGGAUGGUGUAAACCAAUCUUCCAAACGUAAUAUUCUGUCAAAAGAGAAAGAAAAUAUUUCUAGUGAGCAGAGUUCAUCGGAAUCAUCUGGCAGUAGCAGUGAUUAUACAAAACCUGCAGCAUAUCGCCGUAAAAAAAAGAUCAGUGGUGCUUUACCUAUUAACAAACCGCUGUUGUCUCCUACUGUAGAAGAUAUCUCUAGCGAUGAAGAAGAUGAUGUACUUUUACUCUUUUCUCACAUAACUAUGAAGAAAGACUCUCUGAAUUCUCACAGCAAACUUAAUUAUGAAUCAGAUCUAAAGCAUCCAAAGCAAACUCUCUCUGUCGAUACAUUACAAGUAUCGAGAAAAGCAAUUAAAGGGAAGGAUACCGCAUCGAGAAUUACUGAUGAAGAAUAUGUGGAAAAUGCAAUAGAAAAGGAAGAACGUCGUGCUGAAUUAUUGCGUCAAUUAAAAUUUGUUGAAGAAGCGAUUGCCCGUAAACGUAAUGGACUGUUGCAUAAUUGA